AUGCAUCUUCAGAUUGCUGCUGUCUUUGCUACCCUCCUCGCCCUCGCGCAGGCUGCACCCACGACCCAGUCUCUAAAUGCCAAUUCCCCCGGCGUUAUCUUUGUGCAAAGCACUUCGAACGCCAUGAUCGAUGACUGCGGAGAUUCUACUUUCGAAAAUCAGACCUCGGAUGCUUCCCCCCUUGUGAGCGACUGCCAGCAGAUUACAAGAAACAUUGCCGGCGGUGGUACCUGGGAAGUUGAGGACUUUGGUGGACAGCACCAGCUCGUGCAGUAUGGCACCUGUGCAUUUGGUGUCACGGGCGACAAGUCGAUAAACGGGUUCUAUGUCGGCAACUCGGAUAUCAUCGACCUCAUCAACGACUCUAUCUCGCGUUAUAACUGGAAUGGCAAGGUUGGGUCUAAGGGCUCUAUGGGUUGCCAGUCUCUCACGGGACUUAUGGGUGGUGUGACUGUUACUUGGGGUUUGUAUCACACUAGCUAA